CUAGUGUGUGUACUGUGUAGUGAUCAGCGAAGGAAUGUUUUCGUCAUUUUGAUUGAUUCUAAUAAUCUUACCACUUACCAGCCCAGUUCGUAAAAUUAAGUAAUAAUGCGACUAAAAUUUGUGGGAACCGAUUAGAACUUGAUACAUCGAAGUUCGAAGUAACCUGAAUAGGCUAGGCACACUUCAAACAUGGGCGAAGGAAAAGAAAUUAAGAAUGUGCGUCCUCGCUGCUUCUUCGACAUUGAAGUCGGAGAAAUCCACAUUGGAAGGAUUAUAUUCGAGAUGUAUUCAGAUUUAUGCCCAAAAACUUGCGAAAACUUCAUCUCGCUGUGUAACGGGGACAAAGGUUUGGGUAGCACAACCGGAAAACCUCUACAUUACAAGGGAACUGUCUUCCAUAGAGUGGUCAAGGACUUCAUGAUUCAGGGUGGUGACUUUACGGCAAUGAACGGCUCAGGGGGUGAGUCCAUCUACGGUGGAAUGUUUGAAGAUGAAAACCUCACCCUCAAACAUGACAAACCCUUGUUGCUUUCAAUGGCAAACAGGGGAAAAAACACGAAUGGAUCACAGUUUUUCAUAACUACGCAGCCCGCCCCCCAUCUUGACGGAGUUCAUGUCGUGUUCGGGCACGUGGUGGACGGAGGUGCUGUGGUGAGUCAUAUAGAGAACUUACCAGUCGACCGAAACUCUCGACCUCUACAGGACGCCAAGGUCCUCAACUGCGGGCAACUGUUCCUGAAGAAAGCUAAGAAGUCCAAAAGGAGUGUAUCUUCCUCUAGCGAUGAGGAGAAGAAGAAAAAGAAGAAGCGAAAGAAGUCAAAGAAAAAGAAGACUGAGAAAAAAGACAAAAAGAAAGCUUCAUCGUCAGACGAAUCCGAAGAAGAUGAGAAACCUGAUAUUGAGUUACACCCUCUAGCGACUGUGUCUAAAAUCAACCCUGAAGAAAUACCAGAUGUUCCACCCAAUAGAUUUCUUUUCCGAGGCGCUAAAGAGAAUGAUAAUGAUGCCAAGGGGAAAAGGGAGGAACUAAAGCGCAAGAAAAAGUCUAGGAUUAGAGGAGUUACAAAGAGCGGACGAGUUAUAAAAGGAAGAGGUGUCUUUCGCUACCGAACUCCGUCUAGAAGCAGAAGCAGGAGCGUCACUCCCCCACAUUGGCGUCAAGCCCAAAAACGGACCAUAAAACUGACAGAGUACGAGAAAAAGGAGGGUGAAAAGAAGCAAAAGGAUGAAGAAAUCAAAAGACGCGAAGAAGCUAGAAAGGUGAGACAUGGAGAGAAAUUCAACUCAAGACCUCGUGAAAAAACACCAGAGCAAGAGAGUGCUGGCCACACCCCGCAGCACACUCCCCCGGCCAGGCAUGGUUCCGAGGAUACUAUCAGCCAACCCAACGGACAGUCAUCCCCCGUACACCCCCUCGAUCUCAACGCACUCGACUAUGAGAGUGGUGGAUCAUCCCCUGUGUCUCCAGUUAAAUCCCGAAAUGAAGCAAUAAGAAGUAGAGUUGAGAUCCGACGCCGUCAUGAUGAUACUCCUAAAAAAAAGUUGAUGAACAAUGGUGUAAGUAGUGAUGAAACUCCUCAGAAAAUUAUCAAAAAGGAUAGAGAGGAAGAAACAAAACCUCGCAAACAAAAUGAUGUGGAACCUUCUCCUCCCACAACAGAAGAUGAGAGUGAAGAAGAAAGUGAUGUUGGCAGUAGGCCUAAGGGUAAAAAUAUUGAGGAAAAGAAGGACAAGGUGUUAAAGGAGAAGAAAAUAAAUGAAAUUAAAGAUAAAAUUAAACUCCUCGAUUCAAUAAAAGGUGAGCGAGAAAAAGAAAAGCAGAAAUCCACUGAUAAAGUCAAAGCUGACAAAGAUCACUUGAAAGAAGACGAGAAGAAAGAUAGAGAUUUAAAAGAUAAACGUAAAGAUAAAAGAUCCAGAUCUCGACAGCGAGAUAGUAGAUCAAGAGAUAGAAGAACACGGAUCAAGUCCAGGUCUAGAUCAAGGCAAAGGCGUGACUCUAGAAGUAGAAAGCGAAGAUCUUCAUCUGGUAGAAGAAAUAGGACUUCUUCACGUAGGAGGGAUGGAUCUUCAUCUCGCAGAAGAAAUGGAUCUUCAUCUCGUAGGAGAGAUAGAUCUUCAUCUCGUAGGAGAGAUAGAUCUUCAUCUCGUAGGAGAGAUAGAUCUUCAUCUGGUAGAGGAUAUCGUAGAAGGGAUGGGUCUCGCUCAAGGAGGGGAAGAUCUAGGUCCCGAGACAGACAUGAAAGGUCCAAAGAUAGACGUUCUCGUGAGCAACGUAAAGAUUCCCGAUCUUCUCGAGAUAGAAAAGACACAUCCGAAAGAUCUUCACGUCGUGCUAAUUCUAAAGAAAAGAGAAAACGCAGAGACUCUUCUUCCUCUUCUGACUCCUCAAGCCCAGAGAAAAAACCUGUUUCAAAAAAGUCGGAAUCCAAGUCUCCUCAAAGAGAUAGCCAAUCAAACCGUGGCAACGAGGCUAAGAGAAUUUUAACGGAAAAGUUAGAUGAGUUGAGAAAAAUUCGAGAAGCAAAGGGAAAAGAAAGAAGAUCAAGUUCUUCGUCUUCGUCGAGCUCAUUGAACUCAAGUAGUUCCAGUAAAAAUAGCAAGAGGAAACACCGCCGAUAACUUUGUGAUGUAUAAAACUAAAAUUUAGUAACGUUUGUUUUUUGUUUAUUUUCAAUUUUUAUAACUAGAAUAAUAUGUAUUAGUAGGUAUGUAUUUGUAAACCAUCUCUUCUCUAAACUGUUUAAUGUAAUUGUCGAUAUUUUGAUAAAACUUGUAUGUUUAAGAACUUCAGGAGAAGAAAAUAGGUGUAUGUAAAACCCAUUUUUUAGAUAUAUAUGCAUUACAACUAAUAUACUAGUUACACCUUUAAAGGGGUUCUUUUACGUCUUUUUCCAUAUGCUUUUUAUUUUGUAUUAAUGUAAACUUUUAUAUGGAUUUCUAUAUACAAACAAAAAUGUAUUUUCAAUAUAAGUAUUUCAAUGUAAAAUUCAGAAUAAAACAGUUAUUAUAUAAAACAUUUGUUAACACUGUGUCUCUAUUAACUAUAGUUUAUUUUCUUGUACUUUGUAAGUUGCCUAUAAGCUUAAAUUUAUUUUAGUGGGACAUGGAUAUUUGCAAAAACAAAGGUAUAAUAAUACUGAGUUAAUAUUUAGUAUAUAUGUAUUUCCAGUAAUUUUUGUCAUUAUCUUUCCAUUCAGUUGUUUGUUCAAAAAUGGUUCUUUUAGGUUAAAUGCAAUUUGUGUAAUAAACUCUAUUAUAAAAUGGAAUUGAUUUUGUAUUUGUUUAUUAUUAAUUUGAUUUGAUUUAUUACCAUUUCUUUCGCAUAACUUAAGUUUAAAUGUUUUUUAUAGAACACAAGUUCAACAUUAAUUUCAACUUGUUAGUCCUACAAGGUAAAUUACAAGUUUUAAUCUGCUAUGAACUGUUUGAUUUAAUCUGAAUCCAUGUGUUUUUAACGUAGUUAUUAUUGUGUAUUUGUUCAUUUUGCACGCUUUGAUCGUCUUUCUACUCACUUAAUUUGCUUUGCGACAGAGUAUCUAUUUGCUACAUUAUUAGUAAGAACGAUAAGAUCAGCUGUAGAGAGUCUAGCACUGAUCAAGGGAAUUGACAUAUGUCUGCGUUCUGUCAUCAGGUAUUUCGAACCAUAUUGUAUCACUUAUCACUUAUCAUGAACUUCGUCCCUCUAUCAGCUUCUUGAAGGUAUCAACAUCAACUCCAACCUUCUUUUUGUUUCAUAAACAUACUCUUUCUAGACUCGUUUUUCACCGUUCAGUCGCCUAUUCAUUACAAAGAGUCGGUCAAUGAUUGCCAGGACUAUUCCUUUUGUUCUGUGACAUCACUUUCAUCAGCUGGAAGUUAGAUCGCAUGUUGUCAGUUAGCCCAGUGGUGCAAUCCCUUCCUCGGUUCUUUGAUACCAACAACAGCUGGUUCUUCACCUAUUUCAACAUCGUACAUCUUGUGGUAGUAGUUGUUUGCUCAUACAAACUAGAUUCUUGUUGUCUAUUUUUGUCAAAUGUAGUAUCAAGCCCCUGAUCCCAGUUGACAUCUGUGAUUGUGUAUGUCUUGUUGUUAUACCCUGUCAAGACUAUCAUACCCAAAACAACUCCAGUGAACUCUUGUGGGUUGUUCUGGACUAUAGAACAAUACACGUCCCAACAAGUUUCAGUCCUCAUGACUUCUUGUUCAUGGUGUAUCGUUGUUAUGUAUCCUGGCCAGAUUUCCAAGGCACACUUUGGCACGUUUGUCUUGGCAAUUGGAUUGUACAAAUCCCUGUUGAUUAGGUUCAGACUCAACAUUGCAUAACACAACACUUCCGUGCCAAAAUGUUGAAGAACUUUAAGUAAUCGGCAUCUUUACUAUGGAAUUCUCCAACUAGUUUGAUGACAACUGAUUCUUGAGUACUAUCUUUUUUUCUGGGGCAAUAUUUAAUCUCGUCAGAUUUUUAUCAAGUACCCUACUGGAAUACAUUACUGUACCAUAGAAAAUGUCAACCGAUAUUCUAUUGUUGCAUCCUCUACCAAACUUUCUCUUUCAAAUGUAAGGUCAAUGUUGGGUUUUGAAACAUCUUUGAAUCUAUGAACUGGUACAAACACAAGUUUGGCUUGUUGAAAAAGCUAAAAUAAUUAGUCUGCAACCUGAUUGGUUGUUCAGUGAGGACUUUUUUACAUCUCAAAGUUUCUGGGUGGGUUUUAUAAAAUGCAAACUUUUGGUUUUUUUAUUAAUUAUCUACUUACCUAAAAAUUGCCGUGCAAAAGUAUUCUGGAAUGAACAAAUGCAUAAUAAUAAAUAUUAUGAAACACGCAACUAAUUUUGGAUUCAAAUAAGGUGAUUAUCUGGAAUGUCACAUUGUUCAAGUCCAACAGUGCUCAAAUCACACUGUUAUAACCUAAAAGAACCUGUGAGGCACCAAAUUUGUUUUAUUCCAGAACAACCCACAAGACUACAGAGCCAAGUUCACUAGAACUGUCAUGGGUAUGAUAGUCUUGACAGGAUACAAUAACAAGACGUACACAAUCACGGAUGUUAACUGGGAUCAAGGACCUGAGUCUACACUUCACAAGAAUGGGGUGCAAGUAUCUUGUUUGUAUGAGCUACUACUUCCGCGAUAUCUACAAUGUUCAAACACGUGAAGAACUGAGGAAGGGAUUGCACCACUGGACCAACUGACAACAUGAGGUCCAACUCCCAGCUGAUGAAAGUGAUGUCACUCAACUCCAUCCUGGCAACCAUUCAAGAGUUGCAAGAUUGGAAUGUAAAUCUUAGAGAUCACUUCGUAGAGAUUCCUUGCAGAGUUUUACCAUUGGAAGACGUUGUAACAGUACCCUGAGGGGAAAAGUGGACCAAAUCCUAUGUUUAUGAUACAACAAGGAGGUUGGAGUCGUCAUAGUUCCUUUUCAUACCCUUCAUGACGGCCAAACAUUUGUUGAUACCUUCAAGAAGCUGCAGAGGGAUGAAGUUCAUGAUGACUGAUGCAAUAUGGUUCGAAAUACCUGAUGACCGAACACAGACAUAUGUCAAUUCCCUUGAUCAGUGCUAGACUUUCCACAGCUGAUCUUCCUGUUCUUACUAAUGGUAGAGCAGAUAAUGGCAGACUCUGCCAUAAAAAAAAUCUUUGGUGGACAGCACAGUACCAAAAAACAUCUUGAGGUGUGAUGAGCAUCGCGACCAAUGUGGCAAUUCAGAUCAACUGGAAAAUAGGAAGAAAGCAUGUCAGAUCCGUGAUUGUGUUUUCCUUGUCUGAGAUGAUGCCAACUGAUAAAUAAUUAUGUUGAUUUGUUAUGUUUCUUGAUGCAAACAAUAAAGAUUGGGGUUCAUUAACACACCCUUUUUACCAGUUGAUCUUUCACAAUAUUCUGACCUAUAUUUGAUUUUUCAAUUUAAAUUCAUUUCGGAAUAAAAAAAAAUUAUAAAAACAUUUGAUCAUACUGUAUCUAUAUAUUUUUAGUUUAUUUUAUUAUACUUUGUAAGUUUUAAAGCUUAAAUUUAUUUUAGUGGGACAUGAUCUUUGCAAAAUUGUAAACAAAAAUAUUAUUUUGUUUAUAUUUCGAGUAAUUUUUGUCACUUGUUAUCCUUCCAUUCAGUUUUAUAUAAAAAAAAAUUGUUCUUUUAGGUUACAUGCAAUUUGUGUCAUAAACCCAAUUGUGGAAUGGAGUUGUUUUUAUGUUUGUUCAAUAAAAUGCUUUUUAUACAAUACCAUUUCAAUAUGAAUUUCUAACUCUUGAAUUUGCAAAUAAUUCAAUUAAAUUCAUCUUGAUAUUGUAACUAGGUAUACAAGUUGUAAUCUGUAAUAGGCAGCGUGACUAAUCCUCUUUUCUGAAACCAAAAUAUGUUAUGUGUUGAAUUGUAACAUUUUUAUUAUUGUGCAUUUGUUUAUUUUGUUGUACUUGUUCCUUGUAACAUUUUUAGAACAACAACAAAAAUGCACAAGUUUACAACAACCAAUUUUUAGUGAUUUUGGUACUUGUUAGUUAUAUUUAUUUAGUUUCCGCAUUUAAAUGGUUAUUUUUAAUUUUAUUGAUAUUGAAAUUGUGUCUCAAAUUGUAGGAAAAUAAAGUGUUGAUAUUAAUUGAGGUGAA